CUGUCACCAAACGCGCAUACCUUGUUUGAAGACGAAUUUAAAAAUGUAUGUAUGUAAUAAGACAAUUACACCGACUAAAAAUCAACACUAGUUUCAAUAACAAAAUGGUACGGUCACGUGUCAAUGUCAACCAAUAGCAUCGCGUUCCUUUAUAGGGAAAUCGUCAACGUGUUAGGACUGUCGCAAAAUCUCAGCUUGUCAAAAGGAUCCAACGGCGCAAAAAAAUAUGCUCUGCUAAUGUUUGUUUUUUUUACUAAUUUAUUCCACAAACUAGGAAUCUGGGAAGUUAUUUCGUAAAUAGUAUUUACUUCCUCUUCCCUCCUGUUUUAUUUUGUUUAACUCUCUGUUGAGGAACGCUGACUUCCCUUUCACGGAAGAGAAAGCAAGAUACAGUAAUGAUGAGCACCUACAUACAGUAGAUGAUGGACCCUGAUGUGUCUCUGCUGCUGCACUGUGGACCCUGGCGAGGUCUGCAGCAGUCCCAGGUGCAGGUGGAGCUCUCUGAAAGGUUCAACCGUCAGUCGGACGCAGCUCUUGAACGUCACAUCGAGGAGGUGUGGACGGCGCGGGUGACCAAGGAGCCGUGGCUUUUCAACGGCGCCAAAUUCAGGCUGCACUCUUUUCAGCUGGCGCCACCUCCCAGUCUGCCGUCUGCUGCAGAGUCCUCAUGUCGUACUCCGUCCUGCCAAGACUCAGCAGGGGGUGAGAGGACCACCAGUGAGCCAGCACGGGUGCUGACUCUGCGUGUCGGACUCACGUCCUACAAGGACUAUCUGGGGACCAACUGGUCCUGGCGGGUGGCGGAGCUCUGUAGACGCGGCGAGGCGGACUUCAGCAGCCGCCAAGCCCUGUUGGCCCAGCCUCUAGGCGUGGGCGCCGUUAUGUGCACCGGCGACAGGCAGGUGGUGCUGAUCAGGCGCAGCCAGAAGGUAGCGGAGGCGGGCGGGAAGCUGGACAUGCCUGGUGGUCACCCAGAACCAAAGGCGGUGUGCCAGAGUCUGGGUGAGGAGAACAUCAACAUGACCCUGCUGGAGAAGAGUCCGGAAGCGGUUGUCUCCGAGCUUUUCUCAUCCGUGUGUGCUGAGAUCAGAGACGAGGUGAACGUUCCUCUGAGUUCCCUCGGAGAGCCUCUGCUAAUGGGCGUGGCCCUCAACCACAGCAGCGCUGGGAGACCGAGCAUAGAGUUCCACGUCAGCUAUUGCAAGGAAUUCAGGGAUGUCACCAUCUACGCUCCGUAAUAUCAUCAAAAGGUUCAGCGAAUCUGGAGAAAUCACUGCACGUAAGCCAUGAUAUUACAGACCUUGGAUCCCUCAGGCGGUACUGCAUCAAAAAGCGACAUCAGUGUGUAAAGGAUAUCACCACAUGUGCUCAAGACCACUUCAGAAAUCACUGCACGUAAGCCAUGAUAUUACAGACCUUGGGUCCCUCAUUCACAAACAAGGACGGGGCAAGGGUCGCCACUGGUUUUCUACAUGUUCCGAGCCCUUGACCUUUUUUUAGACAGUAAAAAACUGCAGGAAUCCCCCUCCUUUUAAUGAUGUCCCUGUCGUCAGCCAUGUUUUUGGUCUAUGUUGGACUUUAAGACAUACUUGCCAACCCUCCCGAAUUUUCUGGGAGACUCCCGAAAUUCAGCGCCUCUCCCGAAAACCUCCCGGGACGAAUAUUCUCCCGAAAAUCUCCCGAUUUUCAGCCGGAGCUGGAGGCCACGCCCCCUCCAGCUCCAUGAGGACCUGA